GAGCUCUGGAAAGUUCUGGAUCCCUGUGGAAGCACCUGGAAAGUUCUGGAAAGUUCCUGGUCCAUCUGGAAGCACUUGGAAAGUUCUGGAAUGUUCUGGAUCCGUAGGGAGGUCCUUGGAUCGCUGUGGAAGAUUCUGGAAUCUCAUGGAAAGUUCUGGAUCUGUAGGAGGAGUCUGGGAUCCACUGGGAAGCUUCUGGAUCCACGUGGAAAGUUCUGGAAUUCCAGGGAAGGUUUUGGAUCCACCGAGAAUGUUCUGGAGAUCCCUGGAAUGUUCUGGAUCAUCAGGAAGGGUCUUGGUCCCGUAUGGAAGGUUCUGGAUCCUUCUGGAAUUUCAUGGAAGGUUCUGGACCCACGGGAAGUGUCUUGGUCCCGUAUAGAAGGUUCUGGAAUUCCAUGGAAUGUUCUCGACCUCUCAGGGAUGACCUUGGGUUCCUCAGGAAUGUUCUGGAUCCCCAUGGAAGGUUCUUGGUCCUCUGCAGAAGGUUCUGGAACCCCCUGGAAUGUUCUGGAUCCCCAGGAAGGAGCUUGGUCCCGUAUGGAAGGUUCUGGACAGUUCUGGAAUUUCAUGGAAGGUUCUUCAUCUCCAGGGAAGGUUCUUCAUCUCUGUGGAAGGUUCUGGAGUUUCAUAGAAUGUUCUGGAGCCACAGGGAUGGUCUUGGAUCCCAUCAGGAAGGUUCUGGAGCCUUCUGGAAUGUCCAGGAUCCACAGGGAUGGUCUCAGUCCUGUCUGGGAAGUUCUGGAUCCACGGGAAGGGUUUUGGUCCUCUAUGGAAGGUUCUGGAUCCACAGGGAAUGUCUUUCAUCUCCCUGGAAAGUUCUGGAAUUCCAUGGAAUGUUCUGGAUCCUCAGGAAUGUUCUGGAUCCACAGGAGGGGAUCUUGGUCCCGUAUGGAAGGUUCUGGAUCCUUCUGGAAGGCUCUGGAAUUCCAUGGAAUGUUCAGGAUCCACAGAAGCGUUGUGGGAUCCCUCAGGAACGUUCCGGAUCCACAGGGAUGGCCUUGGGUCCCAUCAGGAAAGGUCUCGGUCCGAUUUGGAAGGUUCUGGAUCCUUCUGGAAUUCCGUGGAAUCUUCUGGAUCCACCGGGAUUGCCUUGGGUCCCUCAGGAAUGUUCUGGAUCCACAGGAGGGGGUUUGGUCCCAUAUGGAAAGUUCUGGAUCCUGCUGGACGCUUCUGGAAUUCCGUGGAAUGUUCUGAAUCGACGGAGAUGGUCUUGGAUCCCUCUGGAAUGUUCUGGAUCCCAUCGGGAAGGUCUUGGAUCUGAUUUCUCUGUCCCAGGAAGAAAAUUCUGGAUCCCGGUGGAUCCCAGUCACGGUUCCUGGUGCUCCGAAGCUCCCGAGAAGAUCCUGAUGGGAUCCAUCACCAUUCCAGGGGAUUUCUCCAUCCAGUAGAUCCCAGUCAUGGUUCCUGGUGCUCCAAAGCCCUGGAGAAGAUCCUGAUGGGAUCCACCACCAUUCCAGAGAAUUUCUUCGUCCCACAAAGUCCCAGUAGAUCCCCUCAUGGUUCCUGGUGCUCCGAAGCUCCGGAGAAGAUCCUGGUGGGAUCCGUCACAAUUCCAGAGGAUUUCUCCAUCCCAGUGGAUCCCAGUAGAUCCCCUCAUGGUUCCUGGUGCUCCGAAGCUCCGGAGAAGAUCCUGGUGGGAUCCGUCACAAUUCCAGAGGAUUUCUCCAUCCCACCAAGUCCCAGUGGAUCCCCUCAUGGUUCCUGGUGCUCCGAAGCUCCUGAGAAGCUCCUGGUGGGAUCCAUCCCGGUGAUCUCCUCAGGGCUCCUGGUGUUCCAAAGCUUCUGGUGGGA